AUGCUCUCUAGUGCCCCACUUGUCCUGGUUUUGUUAUUGUUGUUGAUCCAUUCGGUGAUUGGUGAAAGUGCUAAUUCAGACAAUUUUUAUCUAUUUUCCAUUGCCUCUCAGCAAUCAACAGACGUCCAAUAUGCCAGCGUUUGUGUAUCUCCAGAUACCAACGAUUUGAUUAUUAUUUCCACAGAGCUGGGUUUUGCCAGUAUUAACGGAAGUUUUGCCUUUGAAGGAUCAAUUUGGAAAAACGGUUAUUUGGACGAAAUCAGUGACGGCAGUGGCCAAAGUUCUAGUGGUAAUUUGAUUGUUAUUGAUGAAGAUUCGAAAAAACUCCAGAUUUCCAAUGUCCUGUCCGGUGCUGCUGGCCCAUUCUCCGUUGAAUACAGUAGCUUAAGGUUAGGUGGAUCUCCAACUUUUGUGGCUUGCAAAUCCUUAGAUUCUGAUGAGUUCUACACCAUCCAUACUGCUGAGUAUGAAGAUUGUCCAAAUCAAUCAUAUAAUAUUAGUUUGAGACCAAACUUGAUCAGCGAGGUCAAAACUUUACUGAGUUAUACCCCAAGUCAAAUUGACGAUUCCCAUUUCAAUUCAGCUUCAUCAUCUUCCACAUCAACUUCAUCAACCUCUUCAAGUUCUUCAACCUCUUCAAGUUCUUCAACCUCUUCAAGUUCUUCAACCUCUUCAAGUUCUUCAACCUCUUCAAGUUCUUCAACCUCUUCAAGUUCUUCAACCUCUUCAAGUUCUUCAAUCUCUUCAAGUUCUUCAACCUCUUCAAGUUCUUCAAGUUCUUCAGCCUCUUCUACCUCAACCUCUUCUACUUCUUCUACUUCUUCUACCUCAUCCACUUUGUCAACUUCAUCAACUUUGAUUACCUCAAACAAUGAGGCCACCACUUCUGACUCAACAUCAUCCUAUACAAUAACUUCAACUCCAUCAUCCACAUUUAACGCUCAAACCACAUUAUACACCAUGUCUGAAUCUCUGUCUUAUGAGACUGAAACCAGCUCAUAUGCAGUACUUACAGGCGGUGCUAGAGGUCUCCAAAAUGUCAUCUCCCAAGCAAAUUUGAUUGCACAAGGAUUGAUGUUUGGAUUUAUCUCUGUGGCUUUGUUAUCUUCAAUUUAA